ACUCGCCAGCCCGGUCAUGUCCGUACUGUGUAUCGCGGAUUGUGGUUAAUCGAAUAAUUAAACUAGUUUAUUGCCUUAAUUACCUCGAUUAUUAUCUGUGUUAGUGAUUGUUGGUGUGUUCUGUGUUGUUAACUCACACUUGGAUUAUUACUUUUAUAGAGGAUUCCCAUGGGAUUACCGUUACACCGUGAAUGCCGAGCUUUAUGGAGUGUGUGGCGGGGUUCUGGAGCAGCAAGGUGGAAGAGGAGGUGACAGGGUCGCAGUCAUGGGUGGGGCCGGAGGGGCGGAGUCCCCCGGUAGUCAAGGGUCCGGCCAGGAGUACGCCGGAGCCUCCGGGUGAGGACAUAGGACUGCCCUUCAGCCGAGGGUCCUACCGGAAGUACAUGAACCAUCUUAUCAGAGGCAACUCCGACACCGAGAUCACCAACGACCGUCCCUUCCUGGCAGACAGAGCUCGGCCAAAGUCCGCGGUGUUCGUGAGGGACCAACUCCGCCAGGCGCAGCACUCGUCCCCGAGGUUCGUCAGCACCUUGGCCAUAGACUCCGGUCUGGCCAGGCUGAAGACCCUGGACGGUUCCAACGACACCUUGCACAACUCUGAGGAGAACGUUUUCGCGACGGGUUGUACCACUAAUGUUUUCAGCCCGGCGCGUAGAGCGGUGUGUAGUUGGAGCGGACGCCGACAGAGCGCAUCCGCAUGCAGCGACAUGACCGCCUCCACAGAGACUCUGGUGGGACGCGAUGACAGUUGGGACGAUAACACCGCCGAGCGAACACCGGAAGUGGCGGUCGCGAGUGUCGGAAGUGCGAGUGUAGUGGAGCCCGAGGUGAGGGUGCGCAGGACCGGAGUGGUGACGACGACGGGACACCCGGAGGAUAUUGAACCUCAGGGUACCUCGAGAGUGGAGGCGCUCAUACACAGAUACACGCAACUCAUCCGGCGACACAUGGAGAGGUCGGCGUGCAAGUCGUCCAGGAAGUCUGUGCGAAGUUCUCUCCCCAAUCUUGAAACCGACUCGAAAAUUGACUCUGUAAAAAAAGACAAAAUUUGCAAAAAAUUAAAAAGGUUUAGUUUGUCUCUCGAGAAAGACGCGAUGGGCAACGCUCAGUCGAGUUCUUCUGUGACAUCGCCCACGUAUCUGGCGUUACCUACGUUUCGUAAAAACAAACGCAAGUCCGCCGGUAGUCCCAGUAGUGUAUCGGACGAGGGAUGCUCGGACCCUUCGCCGGUGUUGUCAGGGAGUCCUCUCAGUCCAGCUAGUAGUGAGGAGGACCAGUUAUGGGCGACAUGCACGGUAGAGGAAGAGACACUCCGGAGAUGUCAAAGUUCUGACUCGGCGGUAGAGUGUGUGGGUAGUGAGGACGAGGAGCCUGUGGGAAGGAUCCGUCAAGUGAGUGUUGGAGAAGAAGUAAUCGGAUCCAUAGACAUUCCGUUGAGAAUUGGAACUCCCGAGGAAGAGUUAGCGAGUAGCAGCAAAACAUACCUUCUAGACGAAGUUCUCUCGGAGAGAAGUGACAUAGAGUUACGGAGUGACCGUUGGUUCAUCGAACACUACGGAAGUUCCGUCCUGGAGAAACUGAACGACCGAGGGAAAACGGAAUCGUGGAUAGCCGAAGUCGGAGAGGUCAAUUUGGACAGAAGAAUGAGUGAAGUGGACAGUAUCGAAGGAAUCGACCCGGGGACAGAAAGGAGGGAGAGUAGUUUGAGUUAUCUCACUGACGACGACGAGCACCCCGGAUACAGGUAUUUCCGAACACCCUCGGUCGUGGUGAGUGACCAUUCAGACGACCCCGCGUACGCGUCGUCCACCAUCACCCUCGAGGAGAUCGAGAGGUUCCGGAAGGAGUACGCCGAAAGACAAAACUCCAUAGGAGACUCGUCCAGUGAUUGUAGUGUGACUAGUUCGUGGAGCAAUGUGUACUCCACCAUCAGUGCGUUGGACGCGGAGUUUGUGUUGAGGAGUCCGGAGAGGAAGGCUUCAGACUGCAGCUCCUGCAGCACGCUCAGCGGAGAUGAGGAGUCUACGGAGCAGAUCCUGCAGGACGUCCGCAACGUUGAUAAGCCCUCGGGGUGGCGGAAGUUGAGGAACAUUGUUCAGUGGACGCCGUUCUUCCAGACGUACAAGAAGCAGAGGUAUCCCUGGGUACAGCUCGCCGGUCACCAAGGCAACUUCAAGGCAGGGCCUGAGCCUGGGACUAUUCUCAAGAAGCUUUGUCCCAAGGAACAGCUGUGCUUCCAAGUGUUGAUGAAGGAUGUGCUGAGGCCUUACGUACCUGAGUACAAGGGUCACAUCACCUGUGAGGACGGGGAAGCCUCCUACCUACAGCUGCAAGACUUGUUGGGUGAGUUCACCAACCCCUGUGUCAUGGACUGCAAGAUAGGAGUCCGCACUUACCUGGAGGAGGAACUGGCCAAGGCCAAGGAGAAACCUAAACUUAGAAAAGACAUGUAUGAAAAGAUGAUACAGAUUGAUCCUAAUGCUCCAACAGAUGAGGAGCAUAGGUUGCGAGGAGUGACAAAACCAAGGUACAUGGUUUGGAGAGAGACAAUAUCAUCAACAGCAACUCUGGGGUUUAGGAUAGAAGGGAUCAAGAAGAGUGACGGGAAGUCGAGCAAAGACUUCAAGACGACAAAAACCAGAGAACAGAUCAUUGAAGCCUUCACAGAUUUCACUGAUGGUUUCCCACAUGCAGUGCCCAAGUAUUACCAGAGGUUAAAAGCGAUCAAGGCAACUCUGGAUGUUUCAGAUUUCUUCACAACACAUGAGGUUAUCGGCAGUUCGCUGCUGUUUGUCCACGAUCAGAACAACGCCAAUGUUUGGCUGAUAGACUUUGCCAAGACAUUAGUUCUCCCUGAGGAACUGCAGAUUGACCACGCUAGUGAAUGGGUCGUCGGAAACCAUGAGGAUGGGUAUAUGAUCGGAGUCAAUAACUUGAUUGAAAUAUUCGGCGAGAUGCUGGAAAGGUCAAAGGCAUCCACGCAAGUACCGACGACGAUGAUCACUGCACCUCAAGACCCGACGUGACCUCGAAAUUAAUUUGCUCCAUAUGACGAAGCAAUCACAUUGGUCCAUCCUGUAGUCCAAUCCUGACUGGGUCAGACACAGAGAUUUUGUCACGACUAGGAAGGAACAGUAGAAAAAACAUGACGUUUAACUGGUAAAAUUACAGUUACAGAACAAACCUAUGCCAUUUCUAGACCUGCAAUCUUUUAAACAUUGAUCAAGCUUUCCUAAAUGCUUAAAGACUAUUUGAUGGUAGUUUCUACCAUGGUUAGUAUUUAAUUCAUUCAGUUACUUACUUGUUUAUAAAAGUACAAUGAUUCUCCUUUAUGGAUUUGUAAUCCCUAUGGCUGAAGACUUUAAAAGGGGCAUUUGUGUCCGAUGGCACUUAAAGUGUCUCAUAUUUCAUUUCUAGUUUUACAAACUUCUGUACUAUGAUCUAAUAGUUAAUUUGAAAAUCACAGCUAUCCUUCUCCGUAUUAAAUCCUAUUGAAGUGUACACACACUGUCAAAUUCACUCUAAAAUAAAAAUAAACAUUUAGUCUACAUCAAUGCAGCCAAGUAUUGUCGGACACAUAACACAUUUCAAACACAGGCUUAAAAUCAGAAGUCUUCUUGAUAAUGUUAAUUAAUUAGAGGCUAAUUAUAUUGAAAUGCUGGGAGUAUUAUUUAAUUUUUAAAAUAUUCACCUUUGAGUACAAAUAAUCCAUAUAAAGACGCUUAUGAAGAAUAAUCCAUAUAAAGACGCUUAUGAAGAAUAAUCCAUUGUUACAGUAGAGGAAAAUAGCAAUAUUUUAUCGCAAAUGUAACUGACAAAUAUUUUAAUUUUAAUACUUCAAAUAUGUUUUAUGUGGUCAAUUACAUGGUUCAAAUUACGGAUGGUCAAAUUAUUAUUAACUAAUCAUCCAUCCUCUUCUAUAUAAGAUGUGCUGUUCAGAAGCACAAUACAUAAACAAUUUAUAUAGUUUAUGUACGUAAAUUGCAAUUAAAUGUAAUAACACAUUCUUAAUUUCCACAAAAUUAUUUUGAGUGGGCAAAAACUCAAUUAAUAGAAUAUUAUUUGAAUCACACUUGACAAUAGUGAAAAGUGUGAAAAGCAAAUGCUUUGUUAUAUAUAUAAUCAAUAAUCAUUCAUAUUUAUUUCAUCCAUCCAUUUUUUUAGAUCUUUGGAUUUUGUAUAGAGAAACCGUUUUGUAAGAAAAUGCAUUUGUAGAAAGUAAAAGAUUCAUAGUUAUAGGUUAAUAUUUAUUCUAAUACAUUAAUUAGUUAUCUUGUCAAUGCACAAUAUAAAUAGGACUGUAAAUAUUGUAAAUUUAUUUUUGUACAGUCACAGGGUGUCUAUGACGAGUUUUGUUAAUGUAGACAAAUUGAUAUGAAUUUCACCUUUCAAGUUUGAUUGGUAUUGUAGUAUUGAUUGGUUUAUAUAUCUGUUGUGAUUUGACACGAGCAUACACAGACUUUAGCUGUUUACAGUUGGUAUUAGUGAGUUGGUUCCUGCAAAGGCACUGCCUGUUUCAUACAUGUAAAUAUAUUUAGCUUGUUAACUUUAUUUCAAGUUUAUAUAGAAAUGCAAUGUAAUGGUCAAUAUAAUGUUGUUACUUUAUCUUGUUGAUCUGUUUUAAUCAAAACUAUUUUCAGAAUAAAGUUUUUGAAUAUUGGUA